UUCAUCUGGGUGUCGCUUACUUCCUACUAAUCACUCUACUUUUCAUUUCUCACCUGGGUAUCAUCUACUUCGCAAGAAAUAUCUCCCUGCCUUUAUUUUCUGAUCUGUGUACUUCUCUUUUUCCCAUGAAACAUCGCCCCUGCAUUCCAUUUUUCUCAUCUGGAUUUGUUUUCCACAAUUGCAUUCAACCGGUUAUAAAUCAAUUCUGCAUCUCUAAAUCAAUGGUUUGUUCUUUAUAGCAGCCAUAAGUUGUAAAUCAUGUCUCGCAGCCUCCUAGAAGUACCCAGUUGCUCAACAGCUUCUGCUGAACUAAAACUUUACCGGGCUUUCAUCUUCUCUAUUCCAAUCUUCUUCACUUUUUUCCUCCUCCUCUUGUUCUACCUCUAUCUUCACUGUACAAGGGCCGACAGAAGUUCUCUUCAAAUUCGACAUAACACUGAUUCCAGAGCUGCGUCCAGCUCCAAGGAGCUCAGAGAGCUGCUACCUGUCAUUGUGUUCAAGGAGAGCUUCUCCGCCAGAGAUAUGCAGUUUUCCUGCACUGCCUUCUCUAUCUCAGUUGUCAAAAACUAUUCCACAGGAUUUCAAUGGUUAGGUUCUCCUAUGGGAAAAAUGAUGUACUUACUAUUAACAGACAGCCCUUGAAUAUCCUUAAACCAUCUGCAUAUUUUCCUAAAAACAAGAAAAUGAGUUUCUGAACCAAGAAACUCUUGGAAUACCAUCUGCUCCUGUUACUAAAAACAAGAAAAGCAGCUAGGCUCACCCUCUUGCUUCCCGCAGAUGCUCAAUAUGCCUUGGGGACUACCAAGAAGAGGAGAGGCUUCGGCAAAUACCUGCAUGUGGCCAUUCAUUUCAUGUGGAGUGCAUUCACCACUGGCUUGCCUCUCACACCACCUGCCCUCUCUGUCGCCUUUCCAUCCUUGCCUCUUGAACCGAAUACCCAAGAAAAGUUAGUCAUGGAUCUUCCAAUGUAGAGAGUUCUGGGGAAACAUCCCACCAGGGCUGGCCCCAGACCAGUGAAGAAACACCAUCUGCAGAUGGAAGAGUUGCCUGUAGUGGCUCUGAAGGGGAUGAAAAGGACCCAGCAGUGUGUUGGUGGUGGGAUAGAAUUUUGGGAUAUGAUGAAAUCAAAAUCCAUGAAUGAUAGGCUUUGAUUUAACAAGAACUUCUAAGCUCUACCUGUAGUUUUACUUUACGUGCAUCAAAGCCUUUCUUUUUCAAGGCACAAACAAACUGAUUUCUGAGCAGAAGCUUCUCUUCAGUUGUAAUUUCUUUUGAACUAUAACAUAAUGGCAUAAAAAAACUGAUUAAAGGAAUGGAUUUCAUCA